CUGGUGGGGCCAUGCUUUCGCCUUUCCUCCUGUGCUGUUCCAGUAGUACAGUAAGGUGUAUACUGUAGUUAGCGGCUUCAGUGGACUUCAAUGUCAACAACUCAGUUGCAUACCACGACGUACCCUGUGAAAAGACUGUUUUAAGUUUUACCUCGGCUGAAAGUUGUAUCGUCAUUGUCAGUGUGAAAAUAAUCAACCGUCAGCAUGGAAGAGAAAGUCAGCAUACAAUAACACUUUGGGCCAUUGGAUGGAGCCACCAUCCAGCCAUCUGCCGUCCACCAUGAUACUAGGGAUGGUUCUCAUUCUUGUGGCCCUGGAAGAGGUGAACGCUGCGAUGAUAGGAACCACUCCAAACUUAAAAAGCAUUGUGAUUGGGCGAUGCUAUAAUUACAUCACUCUAAUCAACCCUGGCUCCAGGUUUGACUGUGAGGGGAUUUGGAGGGAGUUUGAGGAGGCCGUGGUGAGGAGGACACCCUGCAGUGUUCAGGUCAAAGACUACCAGCGCAUGUUCCACGCCACUCCACAGAAGCUACCCUGUGAUAAGCUGCUGUUCUGGAGCAAGACUCAUGAGCUGGUGCAUAACUACUCUGCGUUGACGCGACACUUCUGGACUUUGGAAGACACCCUGGUGGGAUACAUGUUUAACGACCUCAUCUGGUGCGGGGAGGAGGAGCAAGACAGAGGAUUUAAUUUCAGUGCAUGUCCUCUGUGGUCAGAGUGUGUGCACCAUCCAGUCUACUCCCUCUGGAAACAGGCAUCCCAAAAUUUCGCUGAGGCAGCCUGCGGUAACAUCACGGUCAUUCUCAAUGGGUCCAUUAAAGAUGCCUUCAACAGGAACAGCAUGUUUGGGGGAGUGGAGCUGGACAGCCUGAACCCCCGAAUGGUGAACUACGUCAACAUAAAGGUGGUGGCCAACCUGGAGGGCCCUCACAUAGAGUCCUGCACAAAGGGAUCCAUAGUGGAGCUGAUGAGAAUUCUCCAAUCCAGAGGAUUCCGCUGGACAUGCACAGACAAUGACCUGACCCUGACGAUCCUGCAGUGUCUGAGGAACCCCAGGCAAUACUCCUGCCUCACCUGCUCCAACAGCCUCAUGGCAGUAUGAUCCCCAGGCAAUACUCAUAUGAAAUAACACUUCAGUGAGGGGGGAUAAUCACUCUGCUCUCAUAUUAAAGUGAAAAUGGGAUUACAGAAAAUUUCACAUUUUAGUUUGUUCAAUUUUUGCAUGAAAAGUUGCACAUU